AUGGCGAUCCACCGGCAAGCGGUUGAACAUCGAGCGGAAGAAAAUGAUUCUUCCACAUCAUUCAUGCUGUGGAUAGGUCUCAUAAUCACAUUCGUUUCAUUUCUGGUAAUCAUUGGAAAAAGUUACCAUGUAGGAAAAAUCGAUGAGGAACUAUUCAUCGCGCGCCACACUAAUUCGGAAUCUUACGCCCAUGACAAGCAAAUUCUCAUUGUGGGGCACAACCAACUAGCUACAAAUAUAGCCAAGAUUGCGAAAAAUAACCUGCGAGAGUUUGAUCUGAACUGGGAUCUGCAGCGUCAUAUGGUUUGGAGCAAGAUAAAUACCUCUCGCACGGAUCUGAUUCGUCUGAGAGCUGGACAGGUUAACGGACAAAUAUGGUACGCUGGCUUAAACUGUACCGAAUCUUCUCUGGAAGCAGUCCAAAGUGUGUUUGAACAAAUUGACAUUCUAAAACGGGUCAUUGAAAGACAUGGGCAGGAUCUUUCUCUUGUAACAUCAGUCGCUGAGCUGGAGACUGCAGUCAAGCAAGCAAAGAUUGCUUCACUGCUCGCUGUAAAGGGCGGACAUUCAAUCAACGUGAAGCUUGGUAUUUUGAGAAGCCUUUAUGCACUCGGCGUUAGGUGCAUGUCACUCGCUUCAGAACGAAAUUGCUGCCGUUGGGUUGAUUCUUCGAUUGUUGAUCUGAUGGACAUCGGUACCGCCGACAUGCGUCAGGAUCUUUCCCUUUGGGGUCGACUGGUGGUGUGGGAAAUGAAUCGCUUGGGCAUGAUUGUGGAUCUUUCUUAUGCGAGCUACGGUGCGGCAUUGGAUGUGUUGCGAUACAGCAGAGCACCGGUGAUCUUCAGUAAUGCGGGAGCAUACGCAAUCAACAAACAUCAUCUUAACGUGAGGGAAGACGUGCUGAUUCCGUUAGCUACUCAGGGAGGACUAAUUAUGAUUAGCUUCGAUCCCAAGCUGCUGGGAGGAUACACUAUAGACAAUGUGCUUGAACACCUCAAUUAUCUGAGGGAAGUCAUUGGACCAGAUCAUAUCGGUAUUGGUACCGGUUUUGAUGGAUUUGAUAGUGCAAUCGAUGGACUGGAAAACGUUUCCAAAUUUUCGCACUUAUUCAUCGCGCUUACUAAUGGAAAAUACUCCGACGGCGAAACAUUCGCGCCGUGGACGAAGGGCGAACUCAGGCAACUGGCCGGACUAAACUUUCUACGCGUAUUUCACGAAGUUGAGCAAGUGAAGCGAGAGCUCGCUCAUGAGCAACCGCUCGAGGAUGACGGGGUGGAAGAUAUGUUGGAUUAG